AAGCGGCUCCGGCUCUGUGUUCUAAACGAAAUGCUCAAAACGGAGAGGGAUUAUGUUCGGACGCUGCUUUUCCUCCAGUCGGCAUUUCUGCAAAGAAUCAGACAAACUGCAGAUGACCAACAGUGUCUGUCACCUGAACAUGUCAAGAUUCUGUUUUCAAAUAUUGAGGACAUCCUGGAGUUGCACAAAGAAGUGCUGUCUGCUGUGGAGGCCAGUCUGAAGCCUGAACCCCAGCCCCAGCAUGCACUGGGAUACGUUUUCCUCCAGUUUAGGGGGAGUUUCUCGGUGUAUGGCGAGUACUGCAGUAACCAUGAAAAGGCUUUACGACUUCUCGUGGAGCUGAACAAGAUCCCCAACAUCAGGACCUACCUGCUGCACUGUAUGCUACUGGGAGGGAAGAAAAGCACCGACAUUCCCCUGGAGGGUUACCUUCUCACUCCCAUUCAGAGGAUCUGCAAGUACCCUCUGCUGCUGAAGGAACUGCUGAGGAGGACCCCUAAAAAGCAUGCAGACUAUCCAGCUGUGGAAGAGGCUCUGCAGGCCAUGAAGGCAGUGUGCUCCAACAUCAAUGAGACCAAGAGGCAGAUGGAGAAACUGGAGGCUCUGGAACAGCUGCAGUCCCACAUCGAGGGCUGGGAGGGAACCAACCUGACAGAUAUCUGCUCAGAGUUACUGCUUCAUGGAAAUCUCCUUAAAAUCUCAGCAGGCAAUAUCCAGGAACGCGUCUUCUUCCUGUUUGACAACCUUUUGGUUUACUGUAAGAGGAAGUCCAGGGUUUCUGGCAAGAAGUCCACCAAGAGGACCAAGUCUAUCAACGGGCCCCUCUAUGUGUUCAGAGGCCGAAUCAACACAGAGGUGAUGGAGGUGGAAAAUGUGGAAGAUGGAACAGCGGACUACCACAGCAACAACUACACAGUGACGAACGGCUGGAAAAUCCACAACACUGCGAAAAACAAGUGGUUUGUCUGCAUGGCCAAAAAUGCCGAGGACAAGCAGAAGUGGCUGGACGCCAUUUUGAGGGAACGGGAGCAGAGAGAGAGUCUCAAACUGGGCAUGGAGCGGGAUGCCUACGUGAUGAUUGCAGAGAAGGGGGAGAAGCUCUACCACAUGAUGAUGAGCAAGAGCAGGCACCUGAUAAAGGAUCGACGCAGGAAGCUCAGCAUUGUGCCCAAGUGCUUCAUGGGGAAUGAGUUUGUGUCAUGGCUGAUAGAGAGCGGAGAGAUCAGCAAACCCGACGAAGGGGUCAACCUGGGACAAGCUUUGCUGGAAAAUGGUAUCAUCCACCAUGUGUCGGACAAGCACCAGUUCAAGAACGAGCAGGUGUUGUACCGCUUCCGCUACGACGACGGCACCUACAAGGCGCGCAGUGAGAUGGAGGACAUCAUGUCUAAGGGCGUCAGGCUGUACUGCCGCCUUCACAGCCUCCACACGUCUGUCAUCAAGGACAGAGACCAUCAUCUGAAAACCUUUAAAUCUGUGGUGCCUGCGAGCAAACUGGUGGACUGGCUUCUCUCACAGGGAGACUGCUCGACCCGAGAGGACGCUGUGACGCUGGGCGUGGGGCUCUGCAACAAUGGCUUCAUGCACCACGUCUUGGAAAAGAGUGAGUUCAAAGACGAGUCCCAGUUCUUCCGUUUCUAUGCGGAUGAGGAGACGGAGGGAACCAGCAGCAAGAGCAAGCAGCUCCAGCGCAAUGACUUUAAACUCAUCGAAAACAUCUUGGCCAAGUCUCUGGUGAUUCACCCUGAGGAGGAGGACUACGGCUUUGAGAUCGAGGAGAAAAACAAGGCCAUUGUGGUGAAAUCUGUCACCAGGGGCUCCCAUGCUGAGAUGGCUGGUCUGCAGGUGGGCAGGAAGAUCUACACCAUCAAUGAGGACCUGCUGUUCCUCAGGCCUUUCUCCGAGGUGGAAACCAUGAUCAGCCAAGCCUUCUGCAUACGACGCUCCCUGAGACUGCUGGUCGCCACCAAGGCCAAAGAGAUUGUGAAGAUCCCUGACAACCCAGACACCCUCUCGUUCAGACUGUGUGGCUCCGCCCCUCCUCAUGUCCAUGCUGUCAGGAAAGGCUGGGAGGCAGCGGGGGCAGGUCUCCAGCCCGGCCAGGUCGUCCUAAAAGUCAACGGCAACAACGUCAACUGCAGCAACUACGACGAGGUUCUGGAGCACUUCGCUGCGCAGCACACGCACCAGGAGCCCCUGCAGACGUGCCAGUGGGUGUACCGGGCCUUUGAGGAUGUGGAGGAGCUGCAAAGAGACAGAGGCGAAGGUGAGAAGGAGGAGAGUCCUUUCAGUCCUUAUCCAGUGGAGAACGGAUCGGACCACGAGGAGGGGAACGCCACCAAUGGAAAAGAUUACCGGCUAGGGAGGCUUUCCCUCUCCGAUGAGCUGCCUCUGGUCAGUCUGACGGUGGAUAACGUCCACCAGGAGCACGGCGUGGUCUACGAGUAUGUCAGCACUGCCGGCAUAAAGAGCAACGUGCUGGAGAAGGUUGUGGAGCCCAAAGGUUGCUUCAACCUCACUGCUAAGAUCCUGGAGGCAUUUUGUGGUGACGACAGCCUUUUUGUUCGUAACUGCAGCCAGCUCAUCUCCCAGAGCGACAGAGUAGUUACCAUGCCUCAGUUCGAGUUCAGACAAAUCUGUGACACCAAGCUGGAGAGUAUCCGACGCCGUAUCAGUAGCUAUCAACAGUUUGCCCUGGAGCUGAGGAACAAGGUGUGGCCCUCCUUCAGGCAGGCCGGCGUUCACCCUCACCCACUGGGCUGCAUGGACUUUGUUCCCACCAACUGCCACAUCAACCUGAUGCAGGUUUCCUACCCCAAGUGUGCUACCUCUUCCGGCAGGACUUUCAGCAUCCGCUUUGGGCGCAAAAACUCCCUGUUUGGCCUGGACCCUGAUCAAGCACUACUGAACCCUAUGUCCCACACCCAGCAUUGUGUGACCAGCAUGGGAGCUCCCUGCUGGAACUGUUCCGGCCUAGAAGGGGAUGAGGUUGAUGGCAACAAGGACGUGGCCCUGGACGGAGGCGAGGGGUUGACGGACAGUCGACGGAGUGGCCAUGGCGAAGGUGGUCUGAGCUUCCUGCUCAAACAGGAGGACACAGAGACCCAGGACGCCUACAUUCACUUGUACAGCCGCCUGGAUGUUGCUGUGCGGGAAAUGAAGCAGUAUGUCGCUCAGAUCGAUGUCCUCUUGUCAUCUAUCACCGAGCCCACACAGCUCCAAGGGGAAGGUGGGGAACCUCCGGUCUACGAACCAUCUCAGCCGUCUCUGGCCCCCUGCGAGGACGGCUGUGACCAGGACAAAGUGGAGCAAGGAGGCAUUAAAAGAGUUUGCUUCAAGGUGAACGAGGAGGACCAGGAGGACUCGGGUCAUGACACGAUGAGCUACAGGGACUCCUACAGUGAAUGCAACAGCAACAGAGACUCGGUCCUGUCCUACACCAGUGUGCGGAGUAACAGCUCGUACCUGGGGAGCGAUGAGAUGGGAUCAGGGGACGAGCUGCCAUGUGACAUGAGGAUUCCCUCGGACAAACAGGACAAGUUGCACGGCUGCCUGGAGCACCUUUUCAACCAGGUUGACUCCAUCAACAGCCUACUGAAAGGAUCUGCCAUGACCAAGGCCUGUGAGGAGACCAAGCACUUUUAUUCUGACCACAGCCAACCAGAGUUUCGCCAGACCGAGGACUGGACAGUUCGUUGUCGCUACGUCAUCCAAAAGAACAUUCAGGAAGACCCUUGGAACCUACCCAGCUCUAUCAAAACCCUGGUGGAGAGCCUGCAGAGAUUCGUGGACGAUGGAAAGAACCAGCUUCUCCUGGCUCUGCUCAAGUGCACAGACACGUCUCUGCAGCUGCGCCGGGAUGUGAUCUUCUGCCAGGCGGUGACGGGCGCCCUGUGCACGCUGGCCGAGCAGCUGCUGGCGGCGCUCCGGUCGCGCUUCAACAACGCUGGCGAGUACCAGGAAGACGGCAAAGAGACCAGCCGCAAGUGGAUGGAGCAAAUAUCCGUCAUUGGUGUUCUGCUGCACUUCCAGUCCUCGCUAGCACCGCACCUGAAGGAGGAGCGGACCAUGCUGGAAGAUACCAAGGCGGCCCUGUUGGACUUGGACAAAGUCACUGUGUUCUUCAGGCCACUGGAGGACGAGUGUCUAGUCGCAAACACACCGGUGUGUUACCAGGUGGAGGGCAGCCGACAGGCCCUGAGGGUCACCCUGUACCUGGACAGCUGUCACUUCAGCGAGCUGCCCAGCCGGUUGCAGAACGGCGGCAGCCUCAAGCUCCACACGGUCCUCUUCACCAAGGCACUGGAGCGUCCAGAGGGAGUGUCCCAGCAGGACUAUAGCGCCAUGGAGGAGUUCCAGCAGCGCACCAACGCUGUCUCACUAGAGAAGGUCAAGGCCUAUUACCGCAGACUCAGGGCUUUCUAUUUGGAGAAGUCCAAUCUCCCGACAGACUCAAACACCACAGCUAUGAAGAUUGACCAGCUGCUGCGACCCCUCAACACCCUGGAUGAUCUCUGUCGACUAAUGCAGUCGUACAUCAACAUGCGCCCGAGCGCUCAAGGCCACCCAUCGGGUGUCAGCGUGCUGUGUGUGUCGUCUGAGCUGUGUAACCGCCUGGGAGCCUGCCACAUCACCAUGUGUGGCACAGGCAUGCAGAGAUGUACUCUGAGUGUGACACUGGAGCAGGCAAUGAUCUUAGCCAGGAACCACGGCCUCAUGCCGCGCUGCAUCAUGCAGACCAUGGACAUUAUGCGUAAACAGGGGGCAAGAGUUGAGCUCUCUGCUAAAAAUCUCAAGGUAAUGGACCAGAUGCCUCCGUCUGCUCCAAGGCUCUUCAAGCUGUGUUUGCCACCCUCGGAUGGAGAGCUCUAAGAAAAGCAUCACUCCAGUGAACUCGCCAGAGAGAGGGUGAAUGUGGAAGAGGAAGAUAUGAUGAGAGACAACAGCAGCAAAAGAGGGCGAGUCUCACAGGAUUUCCUCCAAGAGACACUGCUGAUGGAAAGACCUUUGACCCCUCCACUGCCCCAAUUACACAGGGAUCAUUCCAACAUGGAUACCACUAGAGUCUUCAGUGCAAAGUACAGACUAAACAAGAUGGCGCAGAUGACUAAUGUCAGUUACCUGAGAGCACCCACAGGGACACUGACACAGCCUGAAGCUCAGGACUAAUCAUGUACUGUUGUACCGGGAAAACACCCCAGAGAGAAGUAUUACUACUGUGGCUGUCUGUCUUCACCAUUGACUUGACAACUGGUGCGCAGUAUUCACAACAUGAGUGGAAGGGAGAUCUCACAAAGACAACAUCCGCAGCGAUUGUGCUCAUAACCGAGCUUGUAUGAUUUAACUUGAUUAACCAAACUACCUGUAGCUGAGCUGACUGUCAUCCUGAACACAGAUGUCAUCCCAUUUUGCCUUGGACUGCGACUCCAGAGGGUCUCUUUCUCUGUUUUUGCUGGCGUUCCCCAGGGCUCAAUGUUGGGACCCCAAGUGAAGUAGAAAAUGUGGUAUUCAUGUGAGAUAGCAGACUGGAUAGAUGCAGAAAGUCAAAGAAUAGACAGAAAGAUGGAAGUAGGGAUUGAGGGCCAGGUAAAAAAAAAGAAAGUCGGAUGAUAGACUGGGCUGCUCUUUUCCUUAGCCUGUUGCAUGUGGUUACUGUGCAAUUACUGUAGGAUUAGUGCGAGUACUGUAUUACUGCACUAUAUGAAGGAUAGCUAUUUAUUGUGUCUGGAAGGAGCUUUUUUUAUCCCUCACUUAUUCUAUAUCAGGUAUUAAAGAAUCUAAAAGCAUUCCAGCCUACUUAUUGAAUAAUAUUUAAAGGACCAAUGGCAUGCCAUUUUUUUAGACGUUACUGCUUGUGUAUUUCAUUUUAUUUAUGUCUAUAGAGUUUGAUUACAUCAGGAAAUCUUCAGGGGAGUGAAGAUGAACAGAAGCUGGCUCAUCUGAAUCAGGACAAAGGAAGCUACGACUAACUGUACAAGCCAAGUCAAAAGGUCGGGAUGUUGAAUCAUCGUUAAAUUAUUAAUAUAUGACUUAAAAUGUACUAGUGGAAGAAUGGCCUUCUUUUGACUAAGACAUUGUGUUUACUUUUAAAUUGGCUUUUAUGUUAUCAUAUUUACUGUAGGUAUGAAAAGAAGCACAAUGACUGGUCCGUACAAGUUGCAGUGUUAGUAAAAAAAAAGUACUGUAAGCAGUUUGUGGAUGAUGUAAACAAAGGGAUCUCUCCAGGACUUAUUCACAGUAACAUUACUAUUAUUUUGCUGAAGAUUUUAAUUUCUUGUACAUACAAACUGUAACUAUGACAGAGGAAAAGAUAGGUUAUGUCUUAUGGCAGCAGAGUAAUGCUAUACAUUAAAAUGCAUUAUUUUUAUGGAAAUAAUAUAGUAUAUAAAACAUUUUGUAUUUGUGGCUGUGCAUUUGAAGAGAAGUUUUUUUUCUUUCUUGUUCCUGAGCGUAACUUCACUGACAAGUGUUAGUUUUUGACUGUAAAAAAGGUUUGAAUGCAGUUCAAGAAUCCUCCCUGAUGUUCUGCAUUGGCAGAUCACUUGGUCCUUUGUAUUUGUUUAAAAGAGGUCUGGUUCCAAAUGAGCAUGUUGGAACCGACUCGACACGUCCCCCGGCGGUAGCAUGGUCACUGUAGAUUUACAUCCAUUGGUUUGCCUACACAACUCAGAGGAUAUUUGCAUUAUCAUCAUUUCCCAUAUCAAGUUUGCUCUUAUUGUACAUUGUAAAAAACCCUGGUCUUAAGUGUGUGUUUAAAUUAGCUAAUGACUGCAGCAUGUUGGUGUAGCCGGACAAAGAAAUAUGUCACUGAUUACACAUUUUAUUUACAUUAUUCUAAUGUUUCAUUACUGUACAUACUUUAUUUGCAAUUUUGUGUUGCCUGAAAAUAACUGUACAAAGCAUCUUUGUUGAAUCUUUCUAAAAUGAUCAUGUAAAUGCAAUCUUAACAAGCUAGUAAAUAAAAUCUUCACAGUAUGACAAUGUU